AUGUCGGACCAGCACGGCAUCCCAAUCGAGAUCUUCUUGGAUCCUGCGAAUUCCAGUCCGCCGCGGGAAUCCUGGAGGAAUGACCUGUUGAACGUCAUGAUUGGUGGCGCGCCGGUCGCCUCGGGAGACGCGGCCAACAAUCUGCUCGAGGCGACGUUCGGGGACGAAGCGGAUGACGGGCUCCCCCCGGAGCGCUACGAUUUCGACCGCGCUCAAGCAUCGUCUACUGACGUGUUCACCACGUGGGGCAUCCAGCCUGCUAUUGGCUUUUCUGAUCCUCUGUGCGCGACCCACACCGCGAAUCCCGCCGCUAUAGGUGGUGAUUCUGCUCAGCGGACGGGGACUCCGCGCCUGGGAUUGGAAUCGGCAUCGGCAGGCGACACUACGGCAGAGCAGCAGCACGAAAGCGACUCGGCGGGAGAGCAGCAGCGCGGGAUUCCUGGCGUUGGCGUUGCCGUCGGUGGUAUCUAUGCUACUUCUAUUGUCUCUGCUAGUGAAGACGCGGUCGCCACAGGAGACGCAGCAGCCAUGGGAGACCCUGCCGCCAUUGCAGAGGCCAACGAACUUCCAAGCGGGGGAGCCACCGCGCCGUCAGAACUUCCGUUAGACCUUCUCGAGGCUCGCCAACUGCUCGAGCUUUUCCGAGUGAUGAAGGUUGAACAAGAAGCUCAAUUUGAAGGACUCUCCCUGGCGCGCUACGGUUUCUACGAAGAAAAUGACCGCACUCAAGCAUCGUGUGCUGACGUGCUCACCGCGCUGGGCAUUCAGCCUGCUAGCGGUUCUUCUGAUCCUCUGUGCGCGAACCACACCGCGAAUCCCGCCGCGGUAUGCGGUGAAUUUGCUCAGAAGACGGGGACUCCACGUCUGGGAGUGGAAUCCGCAUCGGCAGGUGACGCCACGGCAGAGCAGCAGCACGAGAGUCAGGAUGCUGGCGUUGGCGCUGCCGUUGGAGCUGGUGAUGGCGGUACGGGACUGACCAUCACCGGAGUGCUGCAGCGGAGAAAGCGGCACAGAAGACAGGCGGGUGCGAGUGGUAGCAACGACGGCGUCAGGGCUGCGUCGAACGCCAACAUGCAGCGAAGUCUGGCGCUGGUUAACAUGCAUUCGCGCGGGGACACGGCGAGUGAUGCGAGUGGUAGCAGCGACGUCGCCAGGGCUGCAUCGACCACCAGCAUGCAGCGAGAUUUGGCGCUCUCACCCUUGCAGUCUCGGUGUAAUUCCCAGAGCAUUCGUUCGAGUCGAAAGGUCCGCGCCCCUCUCUUCAAUCUGGAUUCUAGUCAGAACAUAAGCAACAAUCUCCUGGCAGAUUAA